AUGCCCCGCUCCGAUUCCCUUAACCGGGACGGCAAUGGCUAUCCCACCGACCACACCAGUUUGCUCCCCACAGAGAGCAACAGAUGUGCCUGCUCACACCGUUCCAGCAACCACCGGACGCGACGGUCCUGGUGGCAUCACCCUAGUCCCUGGGUGCACUAUCCGUCUGAAGUUGUACGCCUGACAUACGCCACCCUCACCAGCAACUAUGUUAAUAUCCUGCUUGUCUUCGUGCCGCUGGGCAUGGUAUCGAGUAAAGUUGGCUGGUCCCCAACAGCGACUUUCGUCCUUAACUUUCUUGCUAUUAUUCCGCUGGCGUCGUUGCUGAGUUUUGCGACGGAGGAGCUGGCUGCGACGUUGGGGGAGACGUUGGGCGGUUUGCUCAAUGCAACAUUUGGAAAUGCGGUGGAGCUUAUUGUAAGUAUCGUCGCACUCAAGGAUAACGAAAUACGCGUCGUCCAGGCUAGUAUGCUCGGCAGCAUCCUCUCCAACAUUCUACUGGUGCUGGGCUGCUGCUUCUUCGUCGGAGGCAUGCGCCACCAUGAACAAUCCUUCAACUCAACUGUAGCUUCGACCAUGUCGUCGCUGAUGGCCGUGGCGUCCGCAUCCCUGAUCAUCCCUGCCACACUGUAUGCGGCCUUGACCAACUCCAAAUCCGACACCCACGGCAACAUCCUCAUCCUCUCCCAUGGUACAGCCAUCAUCCUGCUCAUCCUCUAUGUUAUGUACCUAUACUUCCAGCUAAAAUCGCACACGCAUCUGUUCGAAAAGGAGAACGACCACAACAAUGCCGACGCGGUGAAUGGGAUUGAAGGGGGGGAGCGGGGAGAACAAGUAGUGGAAGAUGAUGAAUCAGACCAGGAAGAGCGCAUCCUAAACCCCUGGGCCGCUGCCAUAGUCCUCUGCAUCGUCACGGUCGCCGUCUCCAUUUGCGCCGAAUUCCUCGUCGGCACAAUCAACAGCAUCGUCGCAGACGCACACAUCAGCAAGACUUUCAUCGGUCUCAUCCUGAUCCCCAUUGUGGGCAAUGCGGCUGAGCACGUCACCGCCAUCGUGGUCGCGUACAAGAACAAAAUGGAUCUGGCGAUCGGUGUAGCCAUCGGGAGCAGUUUGCAGAUUGCGCUCUUCGUGACGCCGUUCCUGGUUAUUUUGGGAUGGAUUAUGGGGCGGGAUAUGACGUUGCAUUUCCAUUCGUUUGAGACUGUGACGUUCUUUUUGUCGCAGCUUGUUGUUACGUUGUUAAUUCAGGAUGGCAAGUCGAACUAUUUGGAGGGAGGGUUGUGUCUUGGGCUGUAUGUCAUCAUUUCACUCGCCUUCUACGUCUACCCGGACGAUGCGGAGGAUAUCGGCGGCAGCAUCCUCUCCAGCAUCACCAGCCUGGCUACGGGAUCUAACUCAACUGUCACAGCAUAA